GCUGACAUAUGCCAUGCCUACCAAGUCUUGCACAAUCAUGGAAUUCCUGAUGAAAACAUUGUUGUUAUGAUGUAUGAUGAUAUAGCUUACAAUCAGGAGAAUCCUAAUCCUGGAGUAAUCAUCAAUAAGGUUGGAGGUCCAAAUGUUUACAAAGGGGUUUUGAAAGACUAUACCAAAGAUAUGGUGUUUUAUGUUGAGGCCUGUGAAUCUGGUUCAAUGUUUCAUAGACUUCUUCCAAAUAACAUAAAAGUGUAUGCUACCACAGCUGCAAACCCUCAUGAAAGUUCAUAUGCUUGUUACUAUGAUAAGACUCUUGAAACAUACCUUGGUGAUCUAUACAGUGUUAAGUGGUUGGAGAACUCGGAUAAAGCUGACCUUGAUGUGGAAACAUUACUCAAGCAAUACAAAAUUGUGAAGAGUGAAACAAACACGAGCCACGUCAUGAAGUAUGGAGAUAUGAGUUUUGAAAAUGAAGCUGUAGAUGACUUUCAAGGCGAUCCCAGUGCAGUCUCAAGGCCUAUGAUUAAAAUUAACUCUGCAAAUGUGCCAGAACCUGAGUUUGACGCAGUCCCAGCACCAGAUGUUCCCAUUGCUAUUUUGGAGCAUCGUUUGAAAGCAGCAAAAGAUCCCGAGGAAAAACAAUUUAUCGAGCAAAAAUUAGAGAAAGAGAUCAAGAUKAGGCGCAAAAUACAAGAUACGAUGAAGGAGAUUGCAGGUCUGGCCACAAAUGAUAAAUUCCUUCUCGAGCGUGUGUUGCAGAAACCAGCUGUGCCUCGUAACUUUGRGUGCUACAAGAAUGCCAUUAAAGCUUUCAAAAAGUCCUGUUUUAACUUUAAAGAGCACGAGUACGCUCUGCGUCAGGUCUAUGUACUAUCUAAUCUAUGUGAGAUGAGCGUCUCGGAAGAAAGAAUUCUAAAAGCCAUCAAUGGAGUGUGUGCAAGCUUUAAGCCAUGAAUCACCUCGUAGUUUAUAAAAAUUUUAUUACUAUUCUUACCACAGCUAUAGAUCAAAGAGAGAAAACGUACUGAUGUUUCUAAGGCUUGACCGCCAGAGGAUUAGAUAAUUUAUUUUUGUUUUGUUUUAUUUUAUGUUAACGAAAGAUUAUCGUCAGUAAGUUUUCUCUUUUUUUUCACCAUUGCAAUUUUUCUCACAUGUUAGAUUAAGAACAUGACUGUCACAAAUAUACAGCCAUAGAAAAGAGGACCUAUUAUAGGGGGGUAGCGGGUUAUCAUACCUCAAUUCCGCACUAACAGUGGAUUAAAACCGUGAACCGCGCUGCAAAGUGGACAAAUCCGCAACCGGACAAUGUCUCCACAACCGUAAACCGACCGGCGAUUAAAUGAGAGCAAUACCGACCUCUAACAUGUCUAAAAACAUGGAUAUGAGAACCGCAUGGCACUAUGUCUAUUAUAGAACAGAUAUAGAAAUGAAAGAAAGUUAUAGUGCUUAGAAGGAGGCAAUUCCGGGAGAAAGACCCUUAUGUCAUGUCUAAAAACAACAUAAACCGUAAAACCGCCAACCUAUAAUAAGCCCUCGAAAAACGAGUAAAUCACUUAUGACACGGAACACACAAUACACCAUCAUGACACGGAAUACGGAAUCUGAGUAACUUUUGGCUCUGGGUUCCGGAAUACAUACAAUUGGAAUUUGGAAUGCAAACGGAAUCCAGUAAAACGAGAGGAAUACGGAAUCCAAAUUAGUGACUCCAAAGUUUUCCUCAAUUGUAAACGAGUCACUGAC